AUGGAUCAGACAAAAGUGCAGCCAGAGGGGGGUCUGAACGUCACCCUGACCCUCCGCCUGCUCAUGCACGGGAAGGAAGUCGGGAGCAUCAUCGGGAAGAGUGGAGCUCGGAUCAACAUCUCGGAGGGAAACUGUCCAGAGCGGAUUGUCACCAUCACUGGUCCCACAGACACCAUCUUCAAAGCCUUCUCCAUGAUCGCCUACAAGUUUGAGGAGGACAUCCUGAGUUCCAUGAGUCAGAGUUCUGCUCCCUCUAAACCUCCAGUGACUCUGAGACUCGUGGUUCCAGCGAGUCAGUGUGGGUCUCUGAUCGGGAAGGGAGGCUCCAGGAUCAAGGACAUGAGAGAGUCCUCAGGGGCCCAGGUGCAGGUGGCUGGGGACAUGUUGCCGAACUCCACAGAGAGAGCAGUGACGGUGUCAGGGGCCCCCGAGGCCUGUGUGCAGUGUGUACGCCAGGUCUGCGUCGUCAUGCUCGAGUCUCCUCCUAAAGGCGCCACGAUCCCGUACCGUCCCAAACCGGCCUCCGCUCCUGUCAUCUUCUCUGGAGGACAGGCCUACACCAUUCAGGGACAGUACGCAUUCCCACACCCAGAGAUCUCCAAGCUCCAGCAGCUGGCUCUGCAGACGUCCUUCAGUCCUGUGGGACAGAGCAGCUUCUCUGGUCUGGAGUCUGGCACCAGCACACACGAGCUCAGCAUCCCCAACGACGUGAGUGACACGUGUGAAAGUUUAGGCACCCCUGUUCACUAG